UCUUUUACACAAAGAGCAGGAUGCAAAACAAAGCCCGGAAGCUUCAUAUUCUUUCUGCAGCCAAGAAUCAAUUUUCUCCCGUUUGAAUCCAGGAAGAUGAUCUCAUUUUCUUUGAGUAAACAGCGCCUUUGUGUGAGCAGCUGAUUCUGAGAGGUUUUGAAAACAUAAAAUCCACUUUGACUGAGGAAAAAGUGUCAUGGACGGGAGUUUAAGCAGAGCAGAUUAUCGGGUUGGUGCCGCUGUGUUCGCAGCAGAGGGGCUGCCGCCGCUGCCUAAGAGUCUGAGCGGGAUCUUGAACUCCAGCGGCGGGUCGUGGAGAGACAUGCAGAAGAUGCACAGCAAGAGGAGCCGCAUCCAAGCCGAGAUCAGCUGCAGAGGAGGCAGAGAGGCGGCUGCUGCCAAACCUGGUGGACUGGACGCUGCGCUGGCGCUGCUGCGCAAAGAGAUGGUGGGUCUACGUCAGCUCGACAUGUCUCUGCUCUGCCAGCUGUGGUCUCUCCAUGAGACCAUCCAGGAAUGCAAGGGCGAAGCCUCCAUCACUGCUGAUAACGGAUACUCUGAGGAUGAAGAGGAGGAGGAUGAACUAGAGAAGAAUGAGGAUAAAGCACAGAAUUCUUCUCAGCAUUCUCCCAGAAACUCCUUUCAUUUUCACUAGUAAAUAUACACACAUGGACCGAUGGGGAAAAGAGACCAUUUGGCUCUUUGAGACCCUUUUUUAUUGAUGUUUUAAUUUAUCACAUGCCUGUUUAUCCGGCACAUUUUGCUCAGUAAGAAAGCAUUCGAUGCUUGUUUUGUAGAAAAGCAGUUAAUUAAACAAUGUUUUAUAUGAGAUCACUGUAAUGUUCAUGUUAACUUUAAGCACAUUAAUGUGGCUUUUAUUUUUUCUUAAAGGUUAAUUUCGUUUGCCCAUCACAUCACAUCAUUCAUAUCAUACUUAUAACCUGAUGGACUUGAGAAAGAAUUUUAGUACACAUUUACUAACAUUUACUAACUUUUAUGCCUGAUUUAAUAAAUUAUUAUUUUUAAUCAUUUGCAUAUAGUUUGUGUCUAGAAAGGAAUGAACAUUUUAGAUAAAGUCCAAUUAGGAUUGUUGGGAUAACACUAAAGAGAGGUUUCUUCUUCACAACUAAGGGUCUUUUUAAAAAAGAAAAAUGAAACAUAAAACGCAGAAAAGAAACCAGCAGGUCAACAAUGUAGUUUUGAACAGUCCAAAUCAAGAUUAUGUUAUAUUUGUGUUGUGCAUUUAAUAAAAAGUGGGGAAGUUUUGAUUGCAUACAAAGAAUGAAUUGUUUGAGAGUGAGAUCUGAAGUACAUCUAGGAAAAAAAAGAUUCACACAAAAACGAGUUUUCACCAUUUGAAUGGUAAUCAACAUGAAAUAAUUUGGAUUCGGCUCAUGUGAUCCUUUUAUGAAGCUUUAAAUUACACCUAAGUAGUGAAAGAGUUAAAAGUAAAGAACAGUUGAAGUUCAUAGGAAUAAUCUGAUUUAAAUACAUUUCUAAAAGGUCAGACAGAACAUCGUUUUUGUGAUGUUAAACUUCAGUAUGUUAAAAAUUUGCCUUUUCCUGACCUUACAAAACUGGAUGGGUUGCAAAUUGUGGGAGUUUAUUUCUAAGGAGUAAAGAUUUAAAACACAAAGAUUCCUUUCUGACAUCUUCUUUAUUUAUGUUAUGAUCUGGAAACUUUUCAGAGAUAUUAAUUAUGAGAUUUUCCCAAAUCCUAGAAACAACUUUUAUUUAGUACAAACAUGCCUUCAAUAGUUCUGAAUGCCAAAAUAAACUUUCCAAGUUUCUUGCUUUAUUUAUUUAACUCCCACACAUAGUUUGAAAACUUCAAGUAAGAUGUCUGGUUUUGGUGAUGUAAAGCAAUGAUCCUUUUUUCACUUCUGAUGUGAAUUUUACAAUUCAAAUAAACAACAAACAUUAAAUUGAGUAAAGAGAUAAAAAUAAAAAAUGAUGCAGCAACCUGGUUGUUUAAGGGACAACAUUGUUGAAGUAGUUGCUGUUUCCACAACACAUUUUGAUUCAGUUCCAGUAUUCAGUCUUCUUUAGUAUGAGUCUGUCAGGAUCCAACAUAUUAGUUUAUAUUUACCCUCUUCACCGGACAGAAAUGUCCAAAUCUAUCAGAUUGUGAGGACAUGUUUUGUCCAAAGCCUGUGCAGGAGACCCCACAGGGUUUUCCUUCCAAAGCUUUCAUUUAUUUUGUAGAUUUGGGUGCAUGCUUGGAUUUUCUGUGACCCUGAAAAAUUUAACUCUGCAGUGUAUUAAAGCGUCUUAAGCUAAGACAAUAGUAUUGUGCAGGAGACACUCUGUGCCUAUUCACGAAGGGGCUCCUUCUCUCUGCCUUGCCCCCAAGUCAUCCAAAUGCAGCCGCAUGGAGAAAACCAUUUGGUGUGGGGAGUUUUCAAAGGAUGGUUUCAUGUUUCACUUUAUUUAAAAGGUGCACAAGCUGCAGAGAUAUCAGAAAUGGUAGAAAAUGUCCCCCUCUGUCUGCCAGUUACUGAGCUAAACAUUUGAAUGUACCCAAAUUCUGUUCAUGUCAUCUAAAACUAUUCUCAUUUGUGGUUUUCAAUCAGCUGUAUUCAAAUAUGGACCUAUAACUGGCAGUCACAUUUCUUUUGGUUCUGCCCACACGGAUGCAGACAAAGACACUAUUUAACUGUAAAGUCAUGAUAUGGUUAACUGGAAGUUAAUGGAGCUCCUUUCUGGUAUUUAUACCAGCAAGGAGAAAAAUGGAGGACCAGAUUAUGUUGUGUACAAAAGGUAAAACAUUUAUCAAAUCUGUCUUUAAAUCAAAAAAUAUUAAAAGAAAUUGUGCAAUAAAAGUGAAAGAGCCAGACUCCUGACAUCUAACAUGCAUCUAAUAUGAAGGUAAAAAUUACAUA